AUGACCUACGACUUGGGCUCGCGGUUGCAAACCAGUCUUGCUAGUCGAACAUCGACGCUAGGGUGGAAUGCAUUCCUUGCUAUGUACCUCAGCUAUAAGUGGUACAUUCUGGCAUGGGUAUUCCAAUACUAUUCGAUGAGACGGGACUGCGAUAUGAGCUUGCGAGGAAAGCAGGCUGGUCUCGGUUUCACUUCGGCAAAGCAGGGAACGAAGCAGGUGGACGUACAGGUAGUGGGAGAUGCAGUGCAUCACCUACAGAAUGGCGCUUCCGAGUCAGAUACUCCGCCGUUAAUCGCGAUCUCGGACUCUUCAUUCUGUUUCUGGACACGCAAUCAGCCAGACUCACCCUCAACAACGAGGCAGAAUGAAGAUAGGAUUCAGUGCUGGGUGCUCAUCCAACUCACAUCAUGGCCAACGCCUUCGCGCGGUACCAUUGACUCGUCUCUUUUCUUUUUCCCUAGUUAUCCACUGAAAAGUCGCGAUCUACGGAAAUCUUCAAGCUUUGGAUGGAUGGUGGCUAUUGACUAG